UCUUUCGCAUUGGGGAGUCUCCGGAGCUCUUGAAGCCCUAAAUGUCCUCUCUGUGCUCGCCCACCUCCGAGGCAGAAGUCGUGUUUCAGGGAGGGAGGGAGCUCUCAAUUCAGGCCUUGAAGUUGAUAAAAUUGGCAUCGCUGGUCAUUCUUGAAUUGAAGGUGUCGUUUCAGCUCCAUCGCUGCAUCCGCUGCCAGUCUCAUUUAGUGCCGACGUCUUGCAAUACCGGUGUCGAUUUUGGAGCAAGCGAGUCUGUUUAGAUUCUGUGAGUGUUCAUGGUUUUAUGGGAGGACGUCGAGAAUUCGAUUCUUCAACUCUUGACUGCUGCAUAUUGGCCUCUUCCCUGUUCCACAUUGUGGACUCGACUGAAAUAGGCUGCAAAUUCUAGGAAGGAGACACAAGGGUAGAGGCUAUGGCUGCUGUCGCGGCAAGCGCCAUUGCCUUGGGUGUGGAUGAGGCAAGCUCCCCAUUGUCUGUCCAAGACAAUGAGAACCCUGUUGGAAGCAAGGAAUAUAAAGUAGGUGCCGAUCUGGGUGAAGAUGAAAACUGGUCGGACGAAGCUGACUCUGAGGAAGAUGAGGAGAUUGCCGACGCUUUGGAUUGGCUGGACUUUCAGGAUGAUUUACAUUCUCGAGGUACCGGUCAGGGCACAACAACAGCGUACGGCCCUGGAUUUUCUGUUCAAAAUCGUCCGAACGCCCACGGUGGAGCUCACAAUCAUCACACUGGUGGAGGAGGUGCUUUUCAACCGCGAACUAAUCAACAGCAAAAGUUGGUCGGACGAAUCAAUCCGCGGCCACUAUCUGCCGAAUGGGAAGGCCAUGGUCAAAGCGCAAUGUCAAACACCGCUGCCACGACUGUCAGAGACAAUGUUCGUCAACAAGCUGAGGGUCGAGUUAGGAGAAACGAGAAGGCAGACCGAGCCACAGUGGAGCAGGCAUUAGAUCCUCGCACGCGGAUGGUUCUUUUCAAGAUGCUCAAUCGUGGAGUUUUUCAAGACAUUCAUGGCUGCAUAUCUACUGGAAAAGAAGCAAACGUGUAUCAUGCCUCGACAGCCACUGGGGAUGAGCUGGCCGUGAAGGUUUACAAGACUUCAAUUUUAGUUUUCAAGGAUCGAGAAAGAUACGUUCAAGGAGACUUUCGUUUUAGACACGGCUAUUCGAAAAGCAACCCGCGGAAGAUGGUCAAAACCUGGGCCGAGAAAGAGAUGCGAAAUCUCGCGAGGCUCACGGCGGCUGGAAUUAGAAGUCCCACACCGGUCCUUCUGAGGCUUCAUGUUCUCAUCAUGACGUUUAUCGGAAAGGAUGGUUGGGCAGCUCCAAGGUUGAAGGAUGCCGCACUUUCAGAGUCGAAACUUUGUGAAUGUUAUUUCGAGAUGGUUACUAUUAUACGAACUAUGUAUCAAGUUUGUAAGUUAGUACAUGGCGAUUUGAGUGAAUACAAUAUCCUGUAUUAUGAGGGCCAUUUGUAUAUCAUCGACGUAUCUCAGUCUGUGGAGUUGGACCACCCUCGGGCCCUCGACUUUCUUAGGGAGGACUGUCUGCAUGUCACGGACUUUUUCCGGAAGAGCGGUGUUGCUGUGAUGACAGUUCGAGAACUUUUUGACUUUGUUGUUGAUCCAACGAUUACCCCUGAUCUCGUUGAUGAGUACUUGGAGAAGAUCCAGGAAAAAGUAAAUGCCCGAGGAUCGACGCCAACAGCCGAGGAAGAAGUUGCGGAAGCAGUUUUUAUUCAGGCAUUUAUUCCAAAAACUUUGGAUCAAGUCCAAAACUAUGAAAGAGACUACGAGCGGCUAGCCAGCGGGCAGAAUACGGAAGGUAUAUACUAUCAGGCCAUUACUGGAUUGAAAGAGGAUAUGUCUGGUGUCAACAAAACACCGGCUUUACUCUCCGAGCCUCGUCAAAAAGGACAGACGGAGUCAUCCGUCAAGCUAGCUCACGGUGCAGAUGACGGCAAGCCGAAUGUCGUAGUUGAGACUGAAUCUGGUCUGGAAGAUGAUGUAUCUAGCGAGGACGGCAGUGAUGUUGAUGAUGAAGAUGAUAGCGGUUCGGAGAUAGAAGGCAGUACGGUGUCCACAAAGGAAGAGCUGAAGAAGGCCAGGAAGGAACACAAGAAGUCCGUUAAGCUGGAGAAAAGAGAGGCUCGCAAAACCAAAAUCCCGAAAGCCCUGAAGAAAAGGAAGAAGAAAAUAGCUUCAGAGAAGAGUAAAAAGUAGGGAAUCUGUUCAAGACUUGCUGGCAAUUCGGAUGUUUCAGCCUUGAAACCUGAACUGAGAGAACUGUCAGUUCUGGAAUCGCCCUCGACUGUCUACCCGGUGGUGAUAUUUCACGAUUGUAUCGGAAGGCCUUUUGGUAUCAUCAUGAUAUUGAGCUGGCAAAGACUAGAAUGGCUUUGAAGACAAUGUGGCAGCAGUUGUGAUGGUGGAUCUUCACCCAACAGUCAUGGAGAUCAGUCAUAUGUUUGCUUGGGCUGGUAUGACUCCCUCUGGUGGGGUCGACUUUGAGCUCCCAACGUGGACAGAGGUGCCCAGACAUAUUUCAACGUAAUUUCUGGAUACGGUCGCAAGCAUUUUGGCCUUCUUUGUUUAUGUGGAUCAACUCAGUUUCGAGAGGUAACAACUGGACCAAGAGCGUUUCACGCCGGAAUAUGAGUGUUUGAUCCCUGUGGGACCUCCAAUAGGUUUGAGAAAAGCCUACCAGCAAGCGUCAACAGAACAGAUGGGACAGUUCAGCAGAACCUCUUUGGAUACCUCAUCGUAGCUUUGACAAGUGGUGUCGGAGUGGCAGUUUCAGUAACCCUUACUCUCAUGUUGUAGUUCGGUUCUUCCUCCUUCCAGUGAACUGUGGGUCGAUUCCAGCUCUGGUGGAGAUAGAGGUUUCUAUGGACUGAAUCCUAAUGAACUAUCGAAGGAGUAAUACGGAUAUGAGAACUCUGGAACAGCUUCGAUCACAAGCUGCUGUUAAUUCGACGGCUUCUAAGUUUUCGAAAGCCGGGAGAGGGCGGGAGCUGUGGCGAGUUUCAAUGUUGACCACUAGGACCGCACAUUGCCGUGUGCAGUCUCCAUCGAUAAUUGGAUGUCUCCCUGCCAACUGGUGUCAAAAUUGAAAAUACCGGGAGGACGAGUAGCACAGAUGACUUGGGGCUUUUCUCAAAAGUCAGUGCAGGUACUGGAAGUCAGACAGUUGACUCUCCGAGAUGUGCAACCCUAACAAUCCUAUGCUGGAUGCCGAUUCAACGUGUAAUGAGUAUUCAGCUGAGUACCCAAAACACGUUUAUGUCCCGAGAGUGAACCUUUGGGCGUUUUAACUUGGCAGAGCUGUCUGCGAUGCUAAGUGCAAUAUAAGCAUAAUCGGGGCUUUACAAAUUUAUUUAACAAUCACCUUCUUGUUGACAGCGUGCAAUUCAUUUGCUGCAAGUUGAGGGUCGUUAUAUAGUAGUUCCUUUUAUCCAUUCGGGGGCUGGCGGGUGCCAUGGUGUGUACAAAGUCUUCAUUUUUUUGGUCGACAGAUUUUGCGGAAUAUGCCAGUCACUUGAAUAGCUAACUGAUACUAUUAGGACUAUUAACUGAACUGAGGACUCAUGUCCAAAAGUUUCGGACGACCACUUUGUAAUUGAUGAAGGCAAGGGAUGAUUAGGAAUUAUGGAAUCUGCUAGAACUGGGCAAGCAGAAUCUUAGAUGUACUCCGUCAGUGUCUUUACAACUUUUAUAUACAGAUUGGGCCAUAUUGGUAUUUUAGGACAUCACUCCCAGUUACAGACCUCGUUGUUGUUAGGGCUGCUGGAAACGUCUAGUUUCGAAUAUCAGUAGGCUAUGUUGAAUGGAUUACUUUUGAGUAAAGGACAUUAACUUAAG